CAGAGCCAGCCCAUUCAGGCCUUGGCUCUGAAACUUGCUCUGCUGCAUUCGGUUGUAUGGCAUGCUUGCGUGCCAGGACGACUACAAGUGCCGGGAGUCGAAUUCUAUAGGACAAUCCAAAUCAACCCCGAUAUCUUUAUUGGCUGUGGCUACCAAAAGACGCAUCAUGCGAUAUGGUGAUAGCGAUUUCUGAUCUGCAUGAAGGAGAUCUUGAAUGAGGACAGUGGCUUUAAUCCCUCAAGUACCAUUCCCCAUCCCCCUCCGCCGCCGUCCCCGACGUCUUCUGUGGCCACUUCGACAUAUACACCAGCCCCCCCUGGAAGCCCUUCGCAACCGUCUCCGCCUUGCACGACGAUCGUAUCAUCCUGUGCUUAUAUUAUCAAGACUUCAACUAUAUACAGCACCUUGCUUAAGCCCCCGCCUACUUCGGCAUGUCCACCACCUAGAACCAGUACCACGACCGUUCAAAAUCCAUGCUCUUCAAUGUCGGGCGUCUGUUCCACCAUCACUCAUAAACCUCCCCCAUUGGUGUCUACUACUACCCUUACAACGGGGUCGCCACUAUGCGGCGGUGGAACAUCAUAUUUUACCUCCGUGUUUUACGGCAAUAUCACGCAAAACGUCGUCUCGACGGUUACGGAGACUAGCAUAUCUACUUCGAUCUCGACAGCAUUGCAGCGGUCAACCGUCACUACAACGGCUCCUGGCGAGACAGUAACUUCUACGACUACAACAGCUGUAUAUCCAAGUUCUUGUCCAGCGGACCUCACAGUAACCACGUCGGUUACUAUCCCAACGACGACAACAGCGACGGUCACCCUCCCUCCAAGCACUUCUACACUAACGCAAACAAUGACCUCCGUUUCGGUGUCCAUAAGCAUCUUUCCGGUACCUUACACCGUAUAUGUCGAAGUAUUCCCAAAGACGAGGACCCUCACGUCUACCAUAUUUAGUGGUUCUUCCUGUGCUAGCGGGCGGCCUUCUACAACACUAACAUCUACCAUUUUCUCAACAACGACGAGCACCAGUGUUGUUCCAGGCCCGCCAGUGUUCUUCGUUGUUACCGUCACAGAGCUCCGACUAUCCACAUCCGUCUUGACUACGACCAUAGGAACGGGAUCCCCUGUCCGGAUAACGGAGACUGUUUCGACUACAAUCCGUCCUUCGACAUGCCCCCCUGAAACUGUCUCCACAACCACUACCCUGAGCACAAUCACCUCCACCAUACAGGCAUCCAGUUGCGUUCCAAGUUCAGGAGAUGGCUCAAUCCCCGUAAGCUGUUCCGGCUCAACUUCAACAAUUUAUCCAAGCAGCUGCCCUUCCAACCCCAUCGAUCCAUCGGGUGCUUCGACGAUUACCAAAACCGUCUUCCCAAGCGCAUGCGGGCCAAGUGGCUGCAUUACAUCGACAAUCACCAGCACCCUUACCGUCACCCCCAGUGUCUCUGUAGUCCCGCAAGACAGCGGCGAGCCGAUCCUGUGCAGGCCUGUGGAGCCAUCCGAUAGAACUGCUUUGCUCGUUCUGACGAUCUUGUUUGGUGUGCUCUUGCUUCUGGCAUUGCUAGCCUUAGCGGCAGCUCUUUGGAGCCGAAGGAUACAGAAGAAGAAGCGAAGGGUGUGUGAGGCUUGCGGUCAGACGGACGAUAGAUGUACUUGUCAGAGGAUUCCGCAGAUGGGGGCGGCACCAAUGGGGGAAACAGGGUGAUCAACGAGUUAGGAGGUCAUAAUGAUUGUAAUGUAAAGCCGAGAUGUGCCAAAU